GCAUAAAAAGUUUUGAAAAUGUUUGGUGGACAGAAGAAAAGUCAAUCAGUUCGUAAAAAUGCUUUAAUGAUAAGGCGAAGACGUGCUUCAAGUUCAUUUUCUAGAAAAUCCGACUCAGAAAAACGUUUAUCAAGGCCAACAAUUCGUUUGAUUGAUGAAAAUGGCGUCGAUUUAACACCAUUACCAUUAUUAAGUGAAGAGAAACGAAUUCAUGAGGAAAAAGAAAUUUCAAGUACCGAUUUCUCACAGUUGUCAUAUCAUGGUGGAAGUAGUUUACAUAUUACAAAUCCUUUUACAUUUACACGAUCUUAUAUAAGUGGAUCAACUCCAUUCGGUGAAUCACCUUCAGAGACAAGUGAUGAACAUGAUCGUUAUCAAAUAUUUAAUGAAGUAAAAACACUUGCACAAACAGAACAGGAAAUAUUAACUGAAGAUGAUUUAAACAAAUUAAUUGAUGUGAUUAUUACUGAAACAGAAACAUUUUGGAUAUUUGAUCAACCGCCAAAAUUUGUUGCUGAAGAUUCAAUUCAAUCAGAGGAACAAAUUAAACGAAAUGAAAAUUAUAAAACAUUAAUCGCAUCGAAAAUUGGUAGUGUUCGAUUUAUUGAACGUGGUAUGAUGACAUUUAGUUUACCAUUAAUUAAUAAACUAAUUCAAACCGAACAAAUUGAUGUACAAAAUAAAUCAUGUAUGGCUACAAAUUGGGAUAUGGUUGAUACGUAUGAAGAGGAACAAGCAAAACACGACAAUGAACAAGAAAAUAAAGAAGCCGAAUUAAAAUUGUUAGAAGAUAAUGAUGAAAUAAAUUCGCAUCGAAAGAAAUCACAAACUGAUUUAAACAAGAAUCAAUUUGGUCAUCAAAAUGACAGUGGACUAUUGGAAAAUACUCAACCCUUAUUGAUUGAUAGUUUAACUGGUAGAAAAAUGGAAACAAGUCAAGGAUUAGAAUCAUUUCACAAUUUAAGAAGUGAGACAUUGAAUACUAAUACUGAAUCAGAUUAUACAUUUCUUCAAAACAACAUUAUAACUCCAGUAAAUCAGUUAACAGAUGCAUUAGGAUUACUUGAGACUCCAAAAAUGAAAAAAGAUUUGAACUUUAUGGAACGUGCAUUAAAUCUGAAUAUAUAUCAUGAACAAUUAAUAAAGUAUCAAAGUUUAAUUUUAAAACAAUAUCAAUCCAAUUUAGAUUCAUCCGAUUCAUUGGUAAAAUCCAGUCCUGAAAUGAAUCAAACUCUACCGAAUCAAACUUUAAACAUGGAUGAUUCCACUGGAAACGAUACACCCACAUCACCAUUGCCAACUGAAAAUUCAACAACAACUACCGAUAGUAAUCAUCAUAAUCCACCAGCUAAAGAAGAGAAUAAUCCUCCAACCAUUCCACGUGUUGUUCAAUUAUGGCGUUUUCUUUGUUCAAUGACUAAGGGUUAUAGUAUUACAGAUAUGGCAUGGAAUAAACAAAAUCUCAAUAUUUUAGCUGUUGGUUAUGGACAAUUUGAAUAUAAUAAUCAACAGAAAGGUUUAGUUUGUUGUUGGUCAUUGAAACUUAUUGAACACCCUGAACGUUGUUAUAAAACACCAAAUAGUGUAACUGCUGUUGGUUGGUCAAAAUUUCAUCCUAAUUUAUUAGCUGUUGGAAUGUCCAAUGGUGUAGUUUUUGUUUACGAUGUACAGAAAGAUGAUCAACUCCCGGUAAUUGAUACCACAUAUGCAUCAGGAAGACAUUUAGGACCUAUACGUAAAUUACAAUGGAUUCCUAAAGAAUCAGGUUCAGAGGAAAAUUUACAAGAAGUUUUAGUAUCAGUAUCUAAUGAUGGUCGAAUAACUCAAUGGUUUAUUCGUAAAGGUUUUGAAAGUGCAGAUCUAAUGGUACUUAAACAAGCAUAUUCGAAUGUUUUAACUCCAAGGAAAGCAGCUCAAAGAAAUGAAGCUCUGAUAUCACGAACAGCGUUUGCAACAAGUAUGGCUUUUAAUAAACGUGAAUCAAGUAUUUACGUCGUUGGAACUGAAAGUGGACCAAUAUAUAAAUGUUCCUAUUCCUAUAAUGAACAAUAUUUGGAUACAUAUUCUGGUCAUACUGCAUCAGUUUAUCAAAUCGAAUGGUCACCAUUUGUAUCAGAGAUAUUUCUUUCUUGUUCUGCUGAUAUGACAAUGAGAUUAUGGCAUUCGGAUCAUCAAAAACCACUGGUUACAAUUGAAAGAAAUAUGACUACAGUCCCAUCAAUUUCUUGGUCAUCUCAUAAUUCGCUGAUAUUCGCUGCAGUCGCUGAAGGUGUUCUUGAAAUAUGGGACUUGGAUCAUUCAAUUGUUGAUCCGUUUAUUUUAGAAACCAUAUCUACUGAAUCAAAUAUGACAAGUGUUCUAUUUUCUGAAACUAGUCAAAGUGUAUUGAUUGGUGAUGACCAAGGUACAAUCUAUGUGUUCAAUUUAGAAGAUUUUCCUCAUCCUCUUACAACAAAAUCAGAACAGGCCUCUCAACUCAAUCAAUUUCUCAAAUCUUGUUCGACUAACCCUUCGUGA